AUGUACAAAAGUCCACAGGCCACCUGGACCUCCUCCCGCCACCUCCCCGAUUCCCUCGUGUCGGACGCUUCCUCCAGCCUUUCCCUUCCCGCAGGCUGCACGAGCGUCUGGGCGCUGUUCAUCUACGGCGUCGGGAGCCUCGUCAUCGAGAAGUUCUACCGCGACUACCACGCCUCCGUCCCGCUCCUGCUGCGCGGCCUCGUCUACGUGGGAUGGACGUACAUCUGGGAGUUUUCUACAGGGUUUAUACUCCGGCAAUAUGGAGCGUGUCCUUGGGAUUACACCGAGAGAAGCUACAACCUCAUGGGCCUCAUAACUCUCGAGUAUUUCCCCGCCUGGUACAUCGCCUCCCUCAUGACCGAGCAGUUUCUCAUCCACAACCUACUGUUCCUUUCUUUAAACCCUCUUGAUUGUCAUAACCGCCUACACCAAAAAGGUUGAGCGAGUUACCCCUAAACAUGAACAUAGAUCUCCGUUUUCUGUGACGAGAUAGUGGUGCAUGCGUGUGGUGAAUGACAUUUUUAUUUUCUGACAAAAGUUAAUCUAAUAAUUGUUUCUCUUUUCUCUCUUUUUUUUUAAGUAUUUCAAAUUCCAAAGUUCUUACUCCCAUUGACUUCUGAUAAUCAAGUUUAUUCUUAUUAUUUCCACAUCUGCUAGUCAUAUUUAACACACUACCGAACAAACUCUUUCAAAAUACACAAGCAAUACAAAAUGUACAUGAGAAAAAAUACUCAUAUAUAAUUUCAAAUGUCACGCUAUUGACAUGGAUUUGGCGGUCAGGGAUGCUGCGAUCGUAUUAAUUUCCCUUCUGUGAUAAUCUAGAUAAUUCUUGUUAAAGAUUUCGAAAAAAAAAAUGCCUCUUUCAUGUAAAGGAUCCUAGGGGUGGUUCGCAAUUU